CUCCACUUUAUAUGUGGGACGCCUGCCACAGCACGGCUUGCCAAAGCGGUGCCAUGUCCGCACCAGAGAUCGGGACCAGUGAACCCCGCCUAAGCGAUUCUGCGCGCUUAACCGCUGCACCACUGGGCCGGCCCUGCUGUACUUUUUAUCUGUGGUUCUCAGCCUGAGCUUGCAUCAGAAUCACGAGAAAGCUUAAAUCACAGGAAAGUUACACCUCAGACUGCUGGGCCCCACCCCUAGUAUCUGAUUCAGUAGGCCUGGGGUGAGGACCAAAAAUGUGUCAAAACUUAAUAGUUCCCAGCUGACUCUAAUGCCACCUGUGAGGAACUAGAGCAGUUUGGGACGUGCUUUCACAGUAAUGGUAGGUGCUCUUUAUGCUGUUUUACACAUUCAGAACGUGAGGGUUACAACGAGUUAACCACGUUCACAAGGUGUUGACUUACUGUGAUUUUCACACAGUUUUUUUAAAGCAGGUACUGGCCGUUCAAAAAUUGGGUUCAUGCUGUUAAGCACUGGGACUGUAAAGACCACUAUUACCUAAGCUCUGCCUUCAAUAAAUCAUGAGUUAGAGAAAGAUGUGUGCCGACAAAGAGAAUACAGCGCGGCAAGCGCGGUGAGGCAGUGAAGGAGGACUGUGGGAGUCAUAAACGUUCAGGGAGGAGUGCAAGACGCUUGGCCACGGGCUCCGAGCACCAGCAGGCGCUUCCAGACCAGCGCCGGAAACCUGGUGGCCUGGGGUCACGUGGGCGCCUCCGCAGCAGCCCCGCCUCCCUGGCCGGCCGGAAGUGGCGCGCGCGCCUGCUCAGUGCGCGCGGGCUGGGCGGUCUCGUGCCGGCCUAACCUGUUCCCGCGGAGCUGCGGUACUGCCUUGCCCGGACCGGUUGGUGAGGCAUGGAGCCGGUGGGGGGCGGCCGUGACCACCGUGGCUCCUCCUCCGCAGACCCACGAAGCACCUUCGUGUUGAGUAACCUAGCGGAGGUGGUGGAACGUGUUCUCACUUUCCUGCCCGCCAAGGCGCUGCUGCGGGUGGCCGGCGUGUGCCGCUUGUGGGGGGAGUGUGCGCGCAGAGUGUUGCGGACCCAUCGGCGUGUGACCUGGAUAUCUGCGGGCUCCGCGGCGGCUGGCCGCCUGGAGCAGCAUUGCUUGGUCCGUGCGGCGGCAGAGGAGCUUGAGAAUGUUCACAUCUUACCACGGACAGUUCUUUACAUGGCUGAUUCAGAAACUUUUAUUAGUCUGGAAGAGUGUCGUGGCCACAAGAGAGCAAGGAAAAGAACUACCAUGGAAACAGCAUUUGCCCUUGAGAAGCUAUUCCCAAAACAAUGCGAAGUCCUUGGGAUUGUGACCCCAGGAAUUGUAGUGACUCCAAUGGGAUCAUGUAGCAAUCGACCUCAGGAAAUUGAAAUUGGAGAAUCUGGUUUUGCUCUGUUAUUCCCUCAAAUUGAAGGAGUGAAAAUACAACCUUUUCAUUUUAUUAAGGAUCCAAAGAAUUUAACAUUAGAAAGACAUCAACUCACUGAAGUAGGUCUUUUAGAUAACCCUGAGCUUCGUGUGGUCCUUGUAUUUGGCUAUAAUUGCUGUAAGGCGGGAGCCAGUAAUUAUCUGCAGCGAGUCGUAAGCACUUUCAGUGAUAUGAAUGUCAUCUUGGCUGGAGGCCAGGUGGACAACCUGGCAUCGCUGACCUCUGAAAAGAACCCUCUGGAUAUUGAUGCCACAGGUGUGGUUGGACUGUCAUUUAGCGGACACCGAAUUCAGAGCGCCACAGUGCUUCUCAACGAGGAUGUCAAUGAUGAGAAGACUGCUGAGGCUGCGAUGCAGCGCCUCAAAGCAGCCAAUAUUCCAGAACAGAACACCAUUGGCUUCAUGUUUGCAUGCGUUGGCAGGGGCUUUCAGUAUUACAGAGCCAAGGGGAAUGUUGAGGCUGAUGCAUUUAGAAAGUUUUUUCCUAGUGUUCCUUUAUUUGGCUUCUUUGGAAAUGGAGAAAUUGGCUGUGAUCGCAUAGUCACUGGGAACUUUAUAUUGAAGAAAUGUAAUGAAGUAAAGGAUGAUGAUCUGUUUCAUAGCUAUACAACAAUAAUGGCACUGAUUCAUCUUGGGUCAACUAAAUAAAGCCACCUGCAAAGUGGCUUUUGCAGUGUAACUUUUGGGCUCUGCCUUUUCCAGAAAAUGGAAACUUGGGAUAUGUGUAUUUUAAACAAAAAUAACUUUAUAUGGAUCUGUUUUGUAGCUUUGAUGCUCUAAUGAUUACACUGGGGGUAGUUUUUAAGAUAUUAGAUGGAGGACAACUUUUUUACAUAUCAUAAUGCAGGCCUAGAGUUGAGAGCUUUUGCAUCAGGUACAAGCAAACUGAUCAUGGCUAUAUUGCAUCAGAUUAUUAUUGCACAGUAGCUGCUGUGUAAUGUGACUUUAAAUAGUCUCCUGCAUAGGAAGAUUGAAAGAAGAUUCAUCAGUAGGAUGGAGGUUUAAGACAUUCCAUGACUACUUCUGCAUUGUUAGAGGAUCUUUUGGCAGAAUCAUGAAGACUUUUUUUUCUCCCUUAAUAAAGGAGAAAAAUACACAGAUGGCUUGAGAAAUCUUUCUCUGCUUUAUAAUUUUACCAGUUUUUUCAGAAGCUGUAACAAAAUUAUUACCGACUUUUUACUUAUUUGAUAAAAAUUAACUAUUUUUGUUUUAGUACUCUGCAGUUGCUGAGUCAAAUAAAUUGCCAAGACGAAUCAGUAUUAUUUCAUAAAAAAAAUUUUUCCUUUUCCGUCAGUAAAAAAAUUACAAGAGAAAAUCAUUUUCACCUAGUUCUGGGUAGCUAAUUGGCAGACCAGACAAUUACAUCACCUUAUUUUGGUUUUAUACCAAUAAAACAUACCUUGGAACUCAUUCGGAGAUAGUGUUUUGUAUUGUAUUGCUUUUGGUGAGUGAAGGAAGGAAGUAAACUAAUCCUUUAGAAAAGUAAACCCAGCAUAGUAGGUAUUUGUCAGCUAGUAAAUCCUGGCAUAUUCCCAGUAGAACCAUUUUCAAGUUUGAAUUUCUAAUUAUGCAAGCAUCUAAAUGAGCUAUGUCCAGAGAAGACCAGUUUCCCCACGGUAUCCAUUCUUUCCUUUUCAUCUAGUGAUAGAACCUUUGGUUUUCAGUUAGGCACAGACAUUCUCCUGGAACAAAGACUACCUUUGUCAGUCUCUCGAAAGUAUGACUGUUCUGGUUGGUGAACUGUGAGCGGAAAUAUGUGUCCUUCAAAAUGGUGUGACUGUUUUUUUUGCCCUUUCUCAAUCUUGUUACUUGGAAGUGGAUCUGGUAGUGAGGCAGCCUGGACUCUAGAGAAGAGGCAGCGCUCUACUGUGGAAGAGAACCACACGGAAGGAUCCUGGGUUGCUGUGUAAUUUUGUUGAAGUGCUACUACCAUAACCAGCCUGGACUGCCUACCUCCAGAUUGUUUUACAAGACAGAAAUUAAUAUCAAUCUUGCCUAAGCCACUUUUUUUUCCAGGUCUUUGUUACAGGAUAUCUUUAUAUUAGCAUAUUCUACCUAAUACAGUAUGAUAUAACUAAUGUAUGGCACUUUGGUAAAGGUCAGUGGUUCUAACAAAAUGGGUAGAAAACUUGCAAGGUAAGUGAAAUUACAUGUAUUAACAUUCCUGCUUUUCUAUUUUUAAUAAUUUUUCUCCCAAUUUUUACCUUAAAAGAUUUUUCUCUGUUUACAUAUAUGAUAAAAAUACUUGUGUAUUUGUGGUUAUCCUAAAUCUUAGUUCCUGAAGAAAGUCCAAAGAAAAAGUUUGUCAUAGAA